CAGAACUUAAUUUUCAAUUCUCUGUUUUCACAGGUGGUUUUUUGGGAAGAUCCCCAGAGCAAAGGCUGAGGAGAUGUUGGGCAAACAGAGACACGAUGGUGCCUUCCUCAUUAGGGAGAGUGAGAGUGCCCCUGGAGAUUUCUCUCUCUCUGUCAAAUUUGGAAAUGAUGUGCAGCACUUUAAGGUGCUUCGAGAUGGGGCUGGCAAGUACUUCCUCUGGGUGGUAAAGUUUAAUUCUUUGAAUGAGUUAGUAGACUACCACAGAUCAACUUCUGUCUCUAGAAAUCAACAGAUAUUCCUUCGAGACAUUGAGCAGGUGCCUCAGCAACCUACAUAUGUUCAGGCUCUUUUUGAUUUUGACCCUCAAGAGGAAGGUGAGCUGGGCUUCCGCCGUGGAGACUAUAUCCAGGUCAUUGACAAUUCUGAUCCCAACUGGUGGAAGGGAGCCUGCCACGGACAGACAGGCAUGUUUCCACGCAACUAUGUGACCCCAGUGAAUCGGAACAUCUAGAGCAAAUUAUUAAAGAUUAUUUAAGGAAAAAAAGAGAAAACAGUAAAGUACACAUUCAGAAUCUAACAGCAGCCAGUGAUCUCCAGUCAUCAGGCCAUAAAAUCUGAGUCACCCUCUUUGCAUGAGGGGAGAUACUUUUAUUCACUCAGUAUGGAACUUUGUGGGAAGGGGACAGGAGAAGGGUCCAAUUUGUGCGCCAAACCUUACCUUUUAAAUUAAAAUAGAUAUUAACAGAUUUCCUUGGUUUUCUGGGUGGGUGGGCCUUUUGCUCACAUGUCCUUUCUCCCCUGACUCUGACAGAGCAGUUUAUCAGUGCAUGACAUUAUAAUCUAUAUGAAGUCUGUACUAUGCCAUUCAACGAAAAAGGGGGAAGCUCUGCUGGUGUGUGUUGUUAAUGCGAACAGUGUUCAUGAAGGGACUGGAAAAGGAGCCAGAUUUAUUAGCCAACUGAAAAAUAUUGCACACAUGCCAAUUCUGCUUUUGCCUUCAGUAUUCUGCCUGGGUAAGACAGGGUCCUAAUUUUCUUGUUUCCUUCCAUCUGAAAUCCCAGCAGCUCCAGAGGAGAAGGAAGAUGGCUUUAAUUCCCCCCACAGGUUGCAGGGCUGUUCUGAGAAACCCUAUCCUUCAGCCAGAUCAUGUUCUUAUUAACCAUGAUAGCUUUUUUUUUAAUUUAAGUGUGUGGUUGAGCACAUUCUUCAACUUUUCCAUUAGUGCCUUUCCCUCAUUUUCUGUUUUUUUUUCAAUAAAAAGGACAGUAAAGAGCUUUCAUAUUUUCCUGCUUUUAUGUAAAUAUUUAAGAAGUUGAAUGGGAGGGUUGCAGCUUUAUUAAAUACAAAGAUCUCCAUAAACGAAGGGGAACUUUAAAAUGUGUAUAAGCAUUUGAUAUUCUUUACUAGGUGAGGAAAGGCGUAGGUUUCUCUGUAUGAUGCAGGGCUAGAACCUGUGGCCAGGGGGCCUUGAGAAAGAAAGAUUAUCGCAUCACUAUGAAAAAUGUGGCAUAUUGUCUCAAGCUGCCAUAUGGUGAAGAUUGACUAUUCUGGGAUGUCCUGUGAAAUCCAUAGUUUCUCUAUUACAGGGAGGCUUCAAGACAUUGUGCUUAAUUAUACUUAAUGUCUUAGAAAUAUUUGAACAUGAUGCUUGAUGAUAAACAGUCCAGUUCCCCUGUAUAGUUGGCUGGCUCACAGUCCAUGACUAGUUCUCCC